UAUUUAUUUAUUUAUUUAUUUAUAUGUUAUAACCGGCCAAUUUCUAGAUACAGUUACCAUUACAGGGCCAAAAAAAAAAAGUUUAUGAUGGGUUGUGUUAAUUUGAGCUGGGUAUCACAGUAACUUGAUGGGUUUCUACAAAUUUGAGAAAUGAUUGGUCCUUUAGAGACAAUUUUGCUGAAUUUAGAUUUUGAUGCACAUAGCAUGUUUGAUAUAAUGUCUUCCAGAAGCAAUAUGCAAUAAAUGCUAGGAUGGAGAGAACUGCUGCUCCUGAAGGAGGUAGUAAAGGAGCAAGGCCUGAAUCAUCCGCACGAGAGAAUGAUGCGUAUUUUGUGAGAAGGAAAGAGUCUCUGCGAGCCCGAUACAUAUAUGGUUUCAUAUUCUUCAAAACAAAUUUAUUUGCUUGGUUUGUUCGUGAUUAUGGGCACAAAUUCCCGAGUAUCCUUCAUUAUAUAAGUGUCUGCAGCAUGAAGGACAAUGAUUGUUUUCACGAAGGAGGUGUGCUUCGUGUGAGUUUUGGUUGCUUUAUAUAUUUCUUGUUAAUGUCUGUAACCACGUAUGGAGCUAAAAAGCUGCAUGAUGUUCGCAAUUCGUGGCAAUCUAGAUGCUGGGCUUUGAAACUCGUCUUAUAUCUCGCAUCGGUGAUGGUUUCAUUCCUCUUCCCAGCAGAUUUUAUCCAGUUAUAUGGUGAAGUUGCUCGCCUUGGUGCUGGGAUAUUUCUUCUUCUCCAACUCGUAAGUGUCAUCCACUUCAUCGCAUGGUGCGACAAUCGCUGGAUGCCAGAUUCUCAAACAAAACAGUGUGGCCUUCUGGGAUUAUUUUUGUGCACAGCUUUCAACAUAGCUACUUUUGGUGGGAUUGUUCUGAUCUGUCUUAUCUAUGCUCGGGAUGCAUCCUGCAUUUUCAACAUUUUUCUUGUUACAUGGACUGCGGUUUUGGCGAAAAUAAUGAUGGUUGUAUCGCUUCAUUCUAAGGUUAACCGAGGCCUUCUAUCUUCUUCAAUCAUGGGUUCUUAUAUUGUUUUCCUUUGUUGGUCAUCUAUACAAAGUGAACCUCCCAUUGAGAAAUGCAACAUGCAGAAGGAGAUGGCUGAGAAAUUUGAUUGGACCAAUAUAAUUAGUUUACUCAUCGCUAUCUGUGCAAUUGUAAUGGCAACUUUCUCAACUGGGAUUGAUUCAAAAGCCUUUCAGUUCAGGAAGGAUGAGGAACAAUCAGAAGAUGAUAUACCCUACAAAUACGACUUUUUCCAUUUAGUAUUUGCAAUAGGAGCAAUGCAUUUUGCAAUGUUAUUCAUUAACUGGCAACAGGACCAUCCAACAAGAAAAUGGAGCAUAGAUGUUGGUUGGGCUAGUACAUGGGUGAAGAUUGUCAAUGAAUGGUUUGCUGCCAGCUUAUACCUGUGGAAACUAGUCUCCCCUGUCUUAAUACAUGAUAAAAGUCUGGAUCAUGAAGAUCCUGUUAGGCUUGCUAAUGGAUCGGUGUGACGACGACAUCAGACCUUACGUACCUUCAAGCUCAAUGUCAACAUGUUCGAUUGUCGAUGUCAGUGUAUAUGUACCGUAUAUGUGGACAUUGUUGUAAAUCUUUUUCGUAAAUGGCCCCUCGUAUAUGUAUACUGUAUUUGUUUUUUUGUCGCAAGAAAAUUACGGCUUUAAUGA